UCUGCUUAAAAGAUGGACUACAACUCCCAAAAUGCCUUCGUGGGGCACCCUACAAGGGCUCCACCUGCUUCCCGGCCGUGUGGCGGAGGACUACAGCUCCCAGAAUGCUCUGCUUCCUCUUUUGGGUGUUGUUGCCCCUUUCCCGGUGCCGGACGCGGUAGAAGCUAGCGAGAGUGCCAGGUCCUGGGUUCUCUGUGUCCUUCUCCGGGGCCAGGACGAGGCAGUGACUUGACUUUUGGGCGCCGAGCCCGGAGGGAGCGCAGGAGGCCGCUUUUCCUUCUGUCCGGCUUACCUCAGACUUCUCUUCUUCUUCCCUAUCCGUGGCCGCCUGGACGACUCCGGACUGACUGCCUGGGGCACGGGUGGCAGUCUCGGCAGCCAGGGCUGUGGCGAGGCCGCGGCCCUCGGGACGGCCGUAGCGGCGUCAGCGCUGGUGAGGAGGAGGAGGAGGAGGAGGGAAGAUGGCGUCGGAGCUGGAGCCCGAGGUGCAGGCCAUCGACCGGAGUUUGCUGGAAUGUUCGGCUGAGGAGAUUGCAGGGAAAUGGCUGCAAGCAACUGACCUCACUAGAGAAGUGUACCAGCAUUUAGCCCACUAUGUACCCAAAAUCUACUGCAGGGGUCCCAACCCUUUUCCACAGAAGGAGGACAUGCUGGCACAGCAUGUUUUGUUGGGACCAAUGGAAUGGUACCUUUGUGGUGAAGAUCCUGCAUUUGGAUUUCCAAAACUUGAACAAGCAAACAAACCUUCUCAUCUUUGUGGUCGUGUUUUUAAAGUAGGAGAACCUACAUACUCUUGCAGAGACUGUGCAGUUGAUCCAACUUGUGUUUUAUGCAUGGAGUGCUUUUUGGGAAGUAUUCACAGAGACCAUCGAUAUAGGAUGACAACAUCAGGAGGUGGAGGUUUCUGUGACUGUGGUGAUACUGAAGCUUGGAAAGAGGGUCCUUACUGUCAAAAACAUGAACUUAACACCUCUGAAAUUGAGGAAGAAGAGGAUCCUCUUGUGCAUUUAUCAGAAGAUGUGAUAGCAAGAACCUACAACAUUUUUGCUAUUAUGUUUAGAUAUGCAGUGGAGAUACUAACCUGGGAAAAAGAAAGUGAAUUGCCAGCAGAUUUAGAGAUAAUAGAGAAGAGGGAUACCUACUAUUGCAUGCUGUUUAAUGAUGAGGUGCAUACUUAUGAACAAGUUAUUUAUACCCUUCAGAAAGCUGUUAACUGUACACAAAAAGAAGCCAUUGGCUUUGCAACUACAGUAGAUCGAGAUGGUCGUAGGUCUGUUCGAUAUGGAGAUUUCCAGUAUUGUGAACAAGCAAAAUCAGUGAUUGUUAGAAAUACCAGUAGACAGACAAAGCCACUCAAAGUUCAAGUUAUGCAUUCGUCUAUUGUCGCACAUCAAAAUUUUGGUUUGAAACUUUUGUCUUGGCUGGGAAGUAUUAUUGGAUAUUCAGAUGGGCUUCGUCGAAUUUUAUGUCAAGUUGGUUUACAAGAAGGGCCAGAUGGCGAAAAUUCUUCUCUAGUGGAUAGAUUGAUGCUUAAUGAUUCCAAAUUGUGGAAAGGUGCUAGGAGUGUGUAUCACCAGUUGUUUAUGAGCAGUCUCCUUAUGGAUUUGAAAUACAAGAAAUUGUUUGCUGUUCGAUUUGCAAAGAACUAUGAGCGUUUGCAGAGUGAUUAUGUGACAGAUGACCACGACAGAGAGUUUUCAAUCGCAGACCUCUCGGUUCAGAUAUUCACAGUUCCUUCACUUGCUCGGAUGCUUAUCACAGAAGAAAACCUGAUGACCAUCAUCAUUAAGACUUUUAUGGAUCAUUUGAGACAUCGAGAUGCCCAGGGUAGAUUUCAGUUUGAACGAUACACUGCUUUACAAGCCUUCAAGUUUAGGAGAGUUCAGAGCCUUAUUUUAGAUCUCAAGUAUGUGUUAAUUAGCAAACCAACCGAGUGGUCAGAUGAUCUGAGGGAGAAAUUCCUAGAAGGAUUUGAUGCCUUUUUGGAAUUACUCAAAUGUAUGCAGGGAAUGGAUCCAAUUACACGUCAAGUAGGACAGCAUAUUGAAAUGGAACCAGAAUGGGAGGCAGCCUUCACGUUGCAAAUGAAAUUAACACAUGUCAUUUCAAUGAUGCAGGACUGGUGUGCUUUAGACGAAAAAGUGUUAAUUGAAGCUUACAAGAAAUGCCUUGCUGUAUUGAUGCAGUGUCAUGGUGGUUUCACUGAUGGUGAACAGCCAAUCACGUUAAGCAUUUGUGGACAUUCAGUGGAAACUAUCAGAUACUGUGUUUCCCAAGAAAAAGUUAGCAUUCACCUCCCAGUUUCUCGCUUACUUGCAGGUUUACAUGUAUUAUUAAGCAAAAGCGAAGUGGCAUACAAAUUUCCAGAACUCCUACCUCUAAGUGAACUUAGCCCACCCAUGUUGAUAGAACACCCUCUUAGAUGUCUUGUUUUAUGUGCCCAAGUACAUGCAGGCAUGUGGAGAAGAAAUGGGUUCUCUCUAGUAAACCAGAUAUAUUACUACCAUAAUGUGAAAUGCAGACGUGAAAUGUUUGACAAGGAUAUAAUAAUGCUUCAGACAGGUGUCUCCAUGAUGGAUCCAAAUCAUUUCCUGAUGAUAAUGCUCAGCCGUUUUGAACUUUAUCAGAUUUUCAGUACUCCAGACUAUGGAAAAAGAUUUAGCUCUGAGAUUACCCAUAAGGAUGUAGUUCAGCAAAACAACACUCUAAUAGAAGAAAUGUUGUACCUCAUUAUAAUGCUUGUUGGAGAGAGAUUUAGUCCUGGAGUUGGACAGGUAAAUGCUACAGAUGAAAUUAAGCGAGAGAUUAUCCAUCAAUUAAGCAUCAAACCUAUGGCCCAUAGUGAAUUGGUGAAGUCUUUACCUGAAGAUGAGAAUAAGGAGACUGGCAUGGAGAGCGUAAUUGAAGCAGUUGCCCAUUUCAAAAAACCUGGAUUAACAGGACGAGGCAUGUAUGAACUGAAACCAGAGUGUGCCAAAGAGUUCAAUUUGUAUUUCUAUCACUUUUCAAGGGCAGAGCAGUCCAAGGCAGAGGAAGCUCAACGAAAAUUGAAAAGACAAAACAGGGAAGAUACAGCACUUCCACCUCCAGUUUUGCCUCCAUUCUGCCCUCUAUUUGCAAGUCUGGUAAACAUUUUGCAGUCAGAUGUGAUGUUGUGCAUCAUGAGGACAGUCCUCCAGUGGGCUGUAGAACAUAACGGAUAUGCCUGGUCUGAGUCCAUGCUGCAAAGGGUGUUACAUUUAAUUGGAAUGGCACUACAAGAAGAAAAACAGCAUUUAGACAAUGUCACAGAAGAGCAUGUAGUAACAUUUACCUUCACUCAGAAGAUAUCAAAACCUGGUGAAGCACCAAACAACUCCCCUAGUAUACUAGCUAUGCUGGAAACACUACAGAGCGCUCCCUACCUAGAUGUACACAAAGAUAUGAUUAGGUGGAUAUUAAAGACUUUUAAUGCUAUUAAGAAGAUAAGAGAAAGCUCAUCCACCAGUCCCGUGGCAGAGACUGAAGGGACCAUAAUGGAAGAGAGUUCAAGAGACAAAGACAAGGCUGAGAGGAAGAGAAAAGCUGAGAUUGCCAGACUGCGCAGAGAAAAGAUCAUGGCCCAGAUGUCUGAGAUGCAGAGGCACUUUAUUGAUGAGAACAAAGAACUCUUUCAGCAGACAUUAGAACUGGAUGCCUCUACAUCUGCUGUUCUUGAUAAUAGCCCUAUGGUUUCAGAUACGGCACUUACAGCGUUGGGCCCAGCACAAACUCAGGUCCCUGAACAGAGACAGUUUGUUACUUGUAUAUUGUGUCAAGAGGAGCAAGAGGUGAAGGUGGAGAGCAAGGCAAUGGUUCUGGCAGCAUUUGUUCAAAGAUCAACUGUAUUAUCAAAAAACAGGAGUAAAUUCAUUCAGGAUCCAGAAAAAUAUGAUCCAUUAUUCAUGCACCCUGAUCUGUCUUGCGGAACACACACUGGUAGCUGUGGGCACAUUAUGCAUGCCCAUUGUUGGCAAAGGUAUUUUGAUUCCGUUCAAGCUAAAGAACAGCGAAGGCAACAGAGAUUGCGCUUACAUACCAGCUACGAUGUGGAAAACGGAGAAUUCCUCUGUCCCCUCUGUGAGUGCUUGAGUAAUACUGUAAUUCCUCUGCUGCUUCCUCCACGAAAUAUUUUUAACAGCAGGUUAAAUAUUUCAGACCAACCAAAACUGACUCAGUGGAUUAGAACAAUCUCUCAGCAAAUAAAAGCAUUACAGGUUCUUAGGAAAGAAGAAAGUAUUCCUAAUACCACUUCUUCAAAGAAUUCAGAAAAUAUGGAUGAACUGCAGCUCCCUGAAGGGUUUAGGCCUGAUUUUCAUCCUAAGAACCCUUAUUCUGAGAGCAUAAAAGAAAUGCUAACAACAUUUGGAACUGCUACUUACAAGGUGGGACUAAAGGUUCAUCCCAAUGAGGAGGAUCCCCGUGUGCCCAUAAUGUGUUGGGGUAGUUGUGCAUACACCAUCCAAAGCAUAGAAAGAAUUUUAAGUGAUGAAGAUAAACCAUUAUUUGGUCCUUUGCCUUGCAGACUGGAUGACUGUCUUAGGUCACUAACAAGAUUUGCUGCAGCACAUUGGACAGUGGCAUCACUUUCAGUGGUGCAAGGACACUUCUGUAAACUUUUUGCAUCAUUGGUGCCAGAUGACAACCAUGGAGACCUUCCAUGCAUAUUAGAUAUUGACAUGUUCCAUUUGUUGGUGGGCUUGGUACUCGCUUUCCCUGCAUUGCAGUGUCAGGAUUUCUCUGGGAUCAGCCUUGGCACUGGAGACCUUCACAUUUUCCAUCUGGUUACUAUGGCACACAUCAUACAGAUCUUACUUACCUCAUGUACAGAAGAGGAUGGCAUGGAUCAAGAAAAUCCUGCUGGGGAAGAAGAAUUAGAAGUUCUUGCUUUGUAUAAAACACUUCAGCAGCAUACAGGAAGUGCCUUGAAAGAAACACCAUCUGGCUGGCAUCUGUGGAGGAAUGUCAGGAAUGGAAUCAUGCCUUUCCUGAGGUGUUCUGCUUUGUUUUUUCACUACUUAAAUGGAGUUCCUUCCCCACCUGAAAUUCAAGUUUCUGGAACAAGCCAUUUUGAGCAUUUGUGUAACUACCUUUCCCUGCCAAACAACCUCAUUUGCCUUUUUCAAGAAAAUAAUGAGAUAACAAAAUUACUGAUUGAAAGUUGGUGCCAUAACGUUGAAGUGAAAAGAUAUCUAGAAGGUGAAAGAGAUGCCAUAAGCUAUCCAAGAGAAUCCAACAAAUUAAUAGACCUUCCAGAGGAUUACAGCAGCCUCAUUAAUCAAGCAUCUAAUUUCUCGUGCCCCAAAUCAGGUGGUGAUAAGAGCAGAGCCCCCACUCUGUGCCUUGUGUGUGGAACUCUGUUGUGCUCCCAGAGCUACUGCUGUCAGACUGAACUGGAUGGGGAAGACGUGGGAGCCUGCACAGCUCACACCUACUCCUGUGGUUCUGGGGUGGGCAUCUUCCUCAGAGUGCGGGAAUGUCAGGUGCUAUUUUUAGCUGGCAAAACCAAAGGCUGUUUUUACUCUCCUCCUUACCUUGAUGACUAUGGGGAGACUGACCAGGGACUCAGACGGGGAAAUCCUUUACAUUUGUGCAAAGAGCGAUUUAAGAAGAUUCAGAAGCUUUGGCACCAGCACAGUAUCACGGAGGAGAUUGGACAUGCACAGGAAGCAAAUCAGACACUGGUUGGCAUUGACUGGCAACAUUUAUAAUUACUUCACCACCAAAAACAUAAACUUGGAUUUUUUGUAACCCAGUUGGCUUUUCAGGAAAGAGAAUAGGAAAUAAAUUCUGCUGAAUUUGGAAAUAAAUUCUCUAUUUAAGCUUUUCUUCCCAGUUUUGUUUUCAUAGUUUCUGGCUCCAGGGACUGAUGAAAAUCAUCUUCUAUCAGUGGAUUUUCUUGCACCGUUCGCUGUGCCCCUCAAAUGUAACUGCUUGAGUUUUAGGAUCUAGCGAGGAGCUUCUCUUCCCAGGUUGAGCACAGCCCUUUUUGGGCAUCUGACUGUGUUUGACUGUUCCCAGUAGUCUGAGCCAUGUUACGUUACUGAUCACAAGGAACUCCAGGCCUGAAGCUGACUCAACAGCAGCAGGAAACAGUCUCUGUAAUCUGUUGGGGUCACACUUCCUGGUCCCUUUCAGUGACUCUCAACACUGGGACUAGGUCGCUGUCCCCUCUGCUGACAGGACCCUACCUCUAAGAGUAAAGCAGUGGAUUUUGGAAAGCGGCUAUCCCUUGUCUCCACUGGUUACGAGCGGGUUGGGGCACAUGCACAGGAGGAGCCUGUGGGAUGAAGGGGCAAGCCUGGUUGCUUCAUAUGCUGGGUGAUUUUCAGGGCUAUAGAAGUUGGAUUUUUAUUUUUUUAUUUUUAUUUUGUUUUUUUGCAAAACUUUUGGCUUUGAGAAAGAAACUCAGUUUAAAGGGCUUUUUGAAAACUUAGAGUAUCCUAAUUUUUCAGACAGUAUAUUCCCAUUUCUAAGUCUAAACUGAGAGAGCGUAUGCAUCUAGAAUCAAUCAAACACUAGCAGAAAAAAUGAGAACUCAGUGUUUUGAGGUUCCCCUACUCCUUCCAGCAUUUCCUGGACUAGAUGAAUUGCUGUUUACCUGCUGGCUCACUUAGAUAUUCCUGGGACAGCCUGUGUGCCCAGGCUUUUUAUUAUUUUUCAACAUUAUUGUUCUUACUAAGAGGUGCCUUCCUAGAAUGAUAGCCGCUUAGUAAAAUAACUUUUAACUUACAUACUGCACAGCCACUCUCGUUUGAUAUAUGUAUGCUGAGAGCUUGAAUACACACAGAGAGUGAUGGCAGAUUUAGUGGAGGAAGAAAUUCUGAGCCUCUCUAAGGUGGGACUGAGGGACAAAUGAAUAAUAAAAGGCUCUUGGAUUUUUUUUUAGCCAGCGCAAGUAACCCUUUCACUCAGUUUUUUUGAACUGCAUCUAAAAGUUCUGUUCCACUUAGCUUUGCAUACACUGCAAUAAACCUAGGAGGAAGGUCAGAAAUCCAGACCUUGGGUCAGAAUAAGUAGUGGGAAUGCAGAAGCCACAUUCACUGCUACUUCUCCAAGAUAGUGUGUGACAGGAGUGCCCUCUUCUGGAAGGAUGACCAUAACCCUUCUUGCUUGGGAAUGGCUCAUCAGCUGAGAGGAGGACCAACAGGAAGAAAAUCCAAAUUAGAACCCAGCACUUUACCCCUUUUUCUGGCCUUUCUUCCAUUCAUAAGAUCUGGGGCUGUGGAUGGCAGUGAUUUUAAUGUGUAUUUUGGCAUUUGUCACAUCCCCAUUCCUUUAGCUUUUAAGCCCAGCUUCUUUUGGCCUUUCUCCAUAUGUUCAUCAAGCUUAAAUUUAAAAUAGGACCAGGUUUCUCCCUCUAUAAAUGGAUUAUAAACAUUUCCACCAAAUCAUAGCAAUACUCUGGCUUUCAGGAAUGACUUCAUAGAAGUCCUUGGUUAGCAGAGGGUGUCCCUGGAUUUCGUUUUCUGAAAAUGUCGGGGAGUCUGAGAGAUGAUGAACUUACAUGAAAUAGCAACACACGUAUGCCCUUUAUUUUCUAGUGUGUGCAUCAUUAAGCUAAUUGUCUUCCUUACCUAAUGAAUCAUCUUAGUUUUUAUGAUUUGUUCCGCAUGUAUUAUGUUUAUUGUAGAAAUGUUUAUAUAACAUGCUUUCCAUAUCAGGGAAAAUCAUAUCUGUUUAAUAAAUUGGCUAUAACUUUAAUAUCUGUGGACAACUUGUAAAAUUUGGAAUGUAUCAUAUGUAAAAAGUUUAAAGAUAUCAAAAUAAAUGCUUUAGGUGUUGACAUUA